GCAAAAUAACAGUCAACAAAGUGCCAUCCCAACCAAGCUCCCCAAAGAAGCGAGCCAGCCUCUGUUAACAGGCACAACGUUCUUCUUCUUCUUCCUUCUUCUGAUGUUUUGCACGCACGCUUACACGAGCGCUGCAACGGCAAACCACACAUUCACUCGCACAUGCACAGCGACCACAACGGACAAACCACACACACGCAAACAAUCAAAUCACUUGCUUGCCUCCCUUCCCUCAUCAGUCGCUCGUUGGUCAGCCAGCCAGCCACAGGGCAACCAAUUCUCUCUCAACGGAAGCCCCAUUUUCUUUCCACCACACGCACACACACGCUCCCCUCCCCCGUCACUAUCACCACCACACACCACCACACACACAACAACAACAACCCGCCAGCACCCAUCAUCAAUCAAUCAAAUCAUCCACCGAGUGCGCGUGUGUGUGGCCACCGAGCAAUAACCGCCUCCACACUUUCCUUCUCUUCCCGCAUCGCCAACCAACCAACCAACCACAAGAAGAACCCACCACGUCCCUCACCAGCACAGCUUCCACAAUGGCAAAGAUGCUUGCUAUCCUCGUCGCUGCUGUUGCAGCGCUCGUCACCAUUGCCCCUGCCGCCAACGCGAACUGCCUUCACAGCCUCAACCUGACCGAGGUGACCUACGACGAAGUGCACCAGUACCUGAACGAGUCCAGCCGUGGCUGCUUCUCCCUCACCCCAAGCAACGAAGGCUUCCUCUUCCAGCUCACCCAAGACCUCUCGUACACAGACGGUGUCAAGUUUGAGGCGUGCGACGAGUUUGGCGGCUGCCGCUGCCAGGCCUUCACCGCCUGCGACGCCUCUGAGGAUGCUGAGGAGUGUGACUGCUUCACCCCGUAUGCGUGCCGCGACGACGAGGGCCUCUUCCGCUGCUUCGAGCCAACCUCCUGCGACCACAGCGAGUCCAGGACCUCCGUUGUGCUCCACUUCAACAAGGCCUGCGUCCCCACCGAGUUCACCAGCUCCUUUGGCUGCGUCGACUACUUUGAGGAGGAGCUCACCGCAAGCCUCGCCACGUGCGUGCGCAGCUGCCGCUUCGGGGGCAACAUCACCGUCAUCGACUCGUCCCGCGUGCGCGUCUCCGUGCGCAUGGCCUCGGACAUCGACGACAUUGUCGACUGCGUCAACACCCAGUACGUCGGCUCCAACGACUGCUUUGCAAUCAGCGCAAACGAGUACGGCAUCACCACGACCACAACAACCACGACGACUACCACCACCACUACCACUACCACCACUACGACCACAACAACUACCACUACCACCACCACCACGACGACCACUACCACUACUUCCACGACCACAACCACGUUCACCUCCACCUUUGAGUCGAGCUCUGUUGCGUCGUCGCCCUUCUCCUCUGUCAUUGCCUCCUCCUUCGGUGGCUUCCUCUAAGCGCUUGCUGCCUGUCACCUUUGCUCGUCCGUGCCCCCUUGAUGUUCUCUCUCCCCCUCCCUUGUGUGAUUGAUUCUCAAUCCUUUCAAUUCGUGCCUUGUGGAUUGUUUGCCUGUGAUGGUUGUGUUGGCUUCCCCCCCCCCCCUACUUAACCAGUGUCCAGUGCCACAAGUGCGUGCGUGUGUAUCUUAAUGCAUGCAUGCAUGCACGCACCUGUGCUUGAUGUGUGGGGUUUUGUAUGUGUGGCUUGUUCUCUCGCUGUUGUUGUUGAUUUGUGUGGGUGUAAGAAGAAAAGGAACCGUGUCUGUUUGUGUGUGCGUGUAUGUUUGUCUGUGUCUGUGUCUGUGCAUUCCCGUUUUUUGUCGGAUGUGUGCUCUUGCGGCUUUGCCGUGUCCUCAUAAUAGACAGACAAAACCUC